ACAAAAUGGGCCGACCUCCCACAGAUUCGGAGCUCCAAAAUUACGUGACCUUACACAACAUGGAAAACCUCAUGUGUUGCAGAAAAAAACACAUCGUGCAUGCAGAUUUUUCUGUUAAUGGAUUUUAUAUAUUUUUUAUAUUUAUAAAAUUACAUUAUCAUACUAAACCCGUUGAAUCCCACCAUAAAUUGGAAUCUCUCCGCAAAACCCUAAUCUGCAUACCAAACAUAGGCUUCUUUCCCAAGAAACUGAAACCCACUUCAGAGAACACAACAAUGGCUUCAACUCUCUUUCUCUCUGUCCUCAUCUUCUUCGCUCCAAUGGUUCUUUCCCAGAACCCCUCGACAGCUGCACCGCCGUGCGCUUCUCGGCUCCUAGCCCUGGCUCCAUGUGGUCCGUUCGUGCAGGGACUGACCCAGCUCCCCGCUCAGCCAUGCUGCGACAGCCUCGGCCAAAUCUACGUCCAAGAACCCACCUGUCUCUGUCUCUUCCUCAACAACACUUACGCCUUCCCCAUCGAUAAAACCCUAGCACUGCAACUGCCUCGGCUCUGCGACAUCCCUGCAAACGCAUCCACUUGCUCCGGUGUAUCGGCCGCUCAAGACUCUCCUGUAGCUCCGCCCUUAAACUCAGCAGUAUCUCCAAUCUCUCUGGGAGCAAAGAACAACUCUCCUGUUGCAGGUAAUCCGGUUUACCAAAUCUCAGCCAGUAUCAACUAAACCGAACAUCUCCAUUAGAACGGUGCCCGGUUGACCAAAACCGGUUCAUAUGAUCUGUUUUGAGAUAUAACCCGUUUGCUGCGUUUUUGUAGCCAAAACAGCAGCAACCCCGGCAGUUCAAGCGGCACCAAGACCCACAAGCAUAAUGGGACUCGGCCUCGGCCUGAGGUCCUCUUCUCCAAAAUCAGAGAUCCAAUUACCCGUUUUCGCAAUCGCAGCUUUUCUACCUGGAAUUUUCCUCCUAUAAAUCAUUGAAUUACUUGUUCUAUCUAGGUUUUACAUUUCCUAUCAUGGUUCUAUACGACAAUAGAACCUGUCUGCCUUGGAUUUGAUUCACUAAAUAAACUACUAGAUACUUCUCCAUAGAAGUUUCCACGGCCCUAAAUGCAUUGCAUAGAAAAUCUGCAGACAGAUACAACAUCAAACACAUUAAGCAAAACUUCUUCAAUGAUCCAAGUUUCGAUUUU